UGGAGAGUGUUUGCUAUCGAUGUCUGUAGAAAACGCCGUUUUUACCGUUCUUCCCGCUGUAAACACCACUGUUUUGUUCAGAAAAAAACAUCGUGUGUAUUUUUUAUCAUAACUCUGGUUUUACGUGGCCCAUCGACACAAUUCAAAAACUGGUAUAUAGUUUGAAGUCCGUACUUCUGACCCAAGUUGGAAUGGAGACUCUGAGUCGCUGCAUCUUGUAGCUGUGUCGUCUUAAAUAGGUCAUGUGGCGCGUCUGUCGACCCCAGAGGGUUAAGCUAACCGACUAAAAAUAUUCGCAAAAGAUGCUUUGGGUCACUUUCCAUCUUAACAGGUUUUCACUAGUAAUCUUUAACAACUAAUCGUGUAAAUUAUUUUAUGUGUAAACUUCAGACUCCUUUAAACUUCACUCUCUUGCAACAAAGAUGGCUGGAACUCUGAUUUUUCUUCUCGUUAGUUCUCUGCUGCAGGGUGCACUGUGUGGAACGUUCAACAUCAAAAUGCCACAGAAUAUAAAUGUUUUGAGAGGAUCCUGUGUGACCAUCCCCUGCUCCUUUGAUGUAGAGAGCAGAUUUGAAAAAUACUUAGAUCAUACAUGUAAAGCAUAUUGGAGUGAUUCACCUUCAUUUACCAGUAUAAAUGCAAAACUAAAGCCAACUAAAGACAUGACAGGAGACUUAAUAAAGAAAGACUGCUCCACAACUUUCAUUAAUACAAAUCUGCUUCAAAGAAGUAAAUAUUACAUCAGACUGGAGUGUAAUAAUGCACUGAAAUACAGUUUUUCACAAGCUGGUGUAGAUGUUUCAUUCAUAGCUGUUCCUCCCUCACCGACUCUGACUCCAUCCACACUGGAGGUGAAGGAGGGAACCUUAGUGAGUCUGAUGUGCUCUGCUCCAGCUCCAUGUUGGUCUCAUCCUCCAGCUCUGAGAUGGACCCCUAACCGGGGUCAGAGUUGGGAGACACUGCAGGAGCAUCAGGAUAAAACUAAAGUCAAGACUUCUGUUAUGAGUUUCACUGCUUCUCACCUCCAUCAUGGAAAUAAAAUCUCCUGCACUGCUGUCUACAGGAAACAAGAUGGUAGCCCUGAUGUCACUGCUGAAACAAGUUUAAUUCCUGUUAUCUCAUAUUCACCCAAAGAUGUCAGAAUUUCCGUCAGUCCUUCUGGUCCAAUAAGAGAACAACAAAAAGUGACUCUGACAUGCAGCAGUAAUGCCAACCCAGCAGUAGAAAACUACGCCUGGUACAGAGCUGGUAGAAAUCAGGAGACUCUCAUUGGGACUGGACGCACUUUGAAUGUUGCCGUUUCAACAAUCAACAGUAUUUUUUUUUGCAAGGCUACAAAUAAAAUUGGAGUUAAACAAUCCAGCAACCUACAAAUAGACGUUCAAUAUUCACCCAAAGAUGUCAGAAUUUCCGUCAGUCCUUCUGGUCCAAUAGUAGAACACCGAAAAGUGACUCUGACAUGCAGCAGUAAUGCCAACCCAGCAGUAGAAAACUACGCCUGGUACAGAGCUGGUAGAAAUCAGGAGACUCUCAUUGGGACUGGACGCACUUUGAAUGUUGCCGUUUCAACAAUCAACAGUAUUUUCUUCUGCAAGGCUACAAAUAAAAUUGGAGUUGAACAAUCCAGCAACCUACAAAUAGACGUUCAAUAUUCACCCAAAGAUGUCAGAAUUUCCGUCAGUCCUACUGGUCCAAUAGUAGAAAACAGAAAAGUGACUCUGACAUGCAGCAGUAAUGCCAACCCAGCAGUAGAAAACUACACCUGGUACAGAGCUGAUGGAGAUGAGGAGACUCUCAUUGGGACUGGACGCACUUUAAAUGUUGCCGUUUCAACAAUCAACAGUAUUUUUUUCUGCAAGGUUACAAAUACACUUGGAUUUGAACGAUCAAGCAACCUACAAAUAGAUGUUCAAUAUUCACCUAAAAACAUCACACUUUCAGUCAGUCCCUCUGGUCCAGUGCCAGAGAACAGCAAUGUGAUUCUGACCUGCAGCAGUAAUGCCAACCCAGCAGUGAGGAACUACACUUGGUUCAUGGGUGAUGGAGACCAGGAGACUUUUAUUGGGACAGGAACCAGUUUAAACAUUCAAGUCUCCAGAGACAGACGGACUUUUUUCUGCAAUGCUGAAAAUGAGAUUGGAGUUGGACGUUCCAGCAGCAUUCAAAUAGAUGUUCAGUAUUCACCUAAAAACAUCACAGUUUCAGUCAGUCCCUCUGGUCCAGUACCAGAGAACAGCAAUGUGACUCUGACCUGCAGCAGUAAUGCCAACCCAGCAGUGAGGAACUACACCUGGUACAGAGCUGAUGGAGACCAGGAGGCUCUCAUUGGGACUGGACAGUCUUUUAUUGUUACUGUUUCAAAAGUCAAAAGUUCAUUUUUCUGCAAGGCUACAAAUGCACUUGGAUGUGAACGAUCAAGAAACCUACAAAUAGAUUUUCAAUAUUCACCUAAAAACAUCACAGUUUCAGUCAGUCCCUCUGGUCCAGUACCAGAGAACAGCAAUGUGACUCUGACCUGCAGCAGUAAUGCCAACCCAGCAGUGAGGAACUACACCUGGUACAGAGCUGAUGGAGACCAGGAGGCUCUCAUUGGGACCGGAAGCUCUUUUAAUGUUACUGUUUCAAAAGUCAAAAGUACAUUUUUCUGCAAGGCUACAAAUGCACUUGGAUGUGAACGAUCAAGAAACCUACAAAUAGAUGUUCAAUAUUCACCUAAAAACGUCACAGUUUCAGUCAGUCCCUCUGGUCCAGUACCAGAGAACAGCAAUGUGACUCUGACCUGCAGCAGUAAUGCCAACCCAGCAGUAGAAAACUACACCUGGUACAGAGCUGAUGGAGACCAGGAGGCUCCCAUUGGGACUGGAAGCUCUUUUAAUGUUGCUGUUUCAAAAGUCAAAAGUUCAUUUUUCUGCAAGGCUACAAAUGCACUUGGAUGUGAACGAUCAAGAAACCUACAAAUAGAUGUUCAAUAUUCCUCCAAAGAUGUACAAAUUUCUGUCAGUCCUUCUGCUCCAAUAUCAGAAAACCAAAAAGUGACUCUGACCUGCAGCAGUAAUGCCCAACCAGCAGUAGAAAACUACACCUGGUGCAGAGCUGAUGGGGGGGCUCUCAUUGGGACUGGACACACUUUAAAUAUUACAGUUUCAACAAUCAACAGUAAUUUCUUCUGCAACGCUACAAAUACAGUUGGAUUUAAAGCAUCCAUCAACUUCCAAAUAGUCGUCCGGUAUUCACCUAAAAACAUCACAGUUUCAGUCAGUCCCUCUGGUCCAGUACCAGAGAACAGCAAUGUGACUCUGACCUGCAGCAGUAAUGCCAACCCAGCAGUAGAAAACUACACCUGGUACAGAGCUGAUGGAGACCAGGAGGCUCUCAUUGGGACUGGACACACUUUAAAUAUUACAGUUUCAACAAUCAACAGUAAUUUCUUCUGCAACGCUACAAAUACAGUUGGAUUUAAAGCAUCCAUCAACCUCCAAAUAGACAUCCAGUAUUCACCUAAAAACGUCACAGUUUCAGUCAGUCCCUCUGGUCCAGUACCAGAGAACAGCAACAUGACUCUGACCUGCAGCAGUAAUGCCAACCCAGCAGUGAGGAACUACACCUGGUACAGAGCUGAUGGAGACCAGGAGACCUUUAUUGGGACUGGAAGCUCUUUUAAUGUUACUGUUUCAAAAGUCAAAAGUUCAUUUUUCUGCAAGGCUACAAAUGCACUUGGAUGUGAACGAUCAAGAAACCUACAAAUAGAUGUUCAAUAUUCACCUAAAAACAUCACAGUUUCAGUCAGUCCCUCUGGUCCAGUACCAGAGAACAGCAACAUGACUCUGACCUGCAGCAGUAAUGCCAACCCAGCAGUGAGGAACUACACCUGGUACAGAGCUGAUGGAGACCAGGAGACCUUUAUUGGGACCGGAAGCUCUUUUAAUGUUACUGUUUCAAAAGUCAAAAGUUCAUUUUUCUGCAAGGCUACAAAUGCACUUGGAUGUGAACGAUCAAGCAAGCUACAAAUAGAUGUUCAAUAUUCACCUAAAAAUGUCACAGUUUCAGUCAGUCCCUCUGGUCCAGUACCAGAGAACAGCAAUGUGAGUCUGACCUGCAGCAGUAAUGCCAACCCAGCAGUGAGGAACUACACCUGGUACAGAGCUGAUGGAGACCAGGAGGCUCCCAUUGGGACUAGAAACUCUUUUAAUGUUACUGUUUCAAAAGUCAAAAGUUCAUUUUUCUGCAAGGCUACAAAUGCACUUGGAUGUGAACGAUCAAGAAACCUACAAAUAGAUGUUCAAUAUUCACCUAAAAACAUCACAGUUUCAGUCAGUCCUUCUGGUCCAGUACCAGAGAACAGCAACAUGACUCUGACCUGCAGCAGUGAUGCCAACCCAGCAGUGAGGAACUACACCUGGUACAGAGCUGAUGGAAACCAGGAGACCUUUAUUGGGACUGGAAUGAGUUCAUCUAUUAAAGUCUCCAGAGACACACAGGCUUUGUUUUGCAAAGCUGAAAAUGAAAUUGGAGUUGGACGCUCCAGAAACAUGCAAAUUGAAGUUCAGUAUCCUCCACAGAUCCUGCUCUCAUCACACUGCAGCUCAACACAAAGUCAGCUCAACUGUUCCUGUGAGACUCUGGGAAACCCAUCCCCCACUAUACAGUGGUAUUUGAAUGAACUACCUGUCAAUCACUCUAAAUGUGAAAUAUUCAAUGAGACUCUGAACAGGACAAUUCUGAGGAGCUUCUUCACUCUGAAUCAGCCUCAUAAGAAGGAUCAUCUCACCCUGCUUUGCCGCAGCUUCAACUCUCUGGGCUCAGCCAGCCAACAAUUUUGUGUCAGCAGCCAACAGAUUUCCACAGAACAUCGACUUCUGUAUCCAGCGAUAAUAUCCACUCUUGCAGUGCUGCUGUUAGCACUGCUACUAUAUGUGUUUUUUAUCAGGGUUCAGAAGAAUCCCUGUAAAAAUAAAGGUCACUUAACAGAUGAAAACAACACAACUGCAACGAGUCAGCCUCUGACUGAAGAAGGAAAUGAGGAACCAAGCACAACAGAAGAGUGCAUUUAUGCAAAUGCUGAUGGACUGAGAAGGGCAGAAAAUCUUCACCCUGCAAACAUCGCUGGACCAAGCAGCACUGACUUGCCAAGCUCUGGGCCAAAAAAUGCAGAAGGAGGAUGCAAAAAAUCAGACAAGAAAGGGAACGAGAACGAACUGAUUUACUCUAAUGUGAACUGGAAGACGAAGAGCAAGAAAAAAAAGGGUGGAAAAUCUUUGGACAUGAAUCUACCUGGCAGAUCUUAUUUGAAAGAGAAGUGCAUGGUGAGGGGAUUUAACAGAAAGUUUGUGAGCAAUGCAGUAGAAAUGGGAGGCCUGUAUGCUCAGGUGGAGCCUAGAAAUAUGAGGAAGGAAGUGGGGUGUGAAUAUGUACAAGUCAAAUUUAAAGAACAAAGCACUAUGCAAAAAUAGAUAUAUAGUGCUGUGAAAAAAUAUUUAUCCCUGA